CUGACGAAAUGUAGCUCAAAAGUGAAGUGAUGUCAUAAAUUCUAGCAGAGUGACAUCAAUUGGUAAAUUCUGGGAAAACUUCAAGUGCUGUGAAGGCACGGUGAGAUCGUGAGAAUGUGCGUGAAAAUGAAUUUUGCCUCAAAGUCAACAGAUGAAAUGAAAGUGAUGAAACUCAAUGUGAAAUAUACGUGCUUCAUCCAUCGUUCCAAUUAAUCUCCUUUUGCACGUGAAGACUCCUGCGUCGUCGUGUGAAUAAAACGUAACACCGUCAACACUGUCAGGGAUUUUGUGAGAUACAGAAGGUGCACAAAAAGGGCACUAAAGCGGCUUUAAUCGCUUGGGUCGAAGGAGAACUCGAAAGGAAAAAAGGUCCUUCACAUCUCUCUAUAUAGCUUCUUUCAUCAAUUGCUGUACUAAAUGCUAAGCCCCAAGAUGCAGAGAUCCGUGCGAGUGAAUGAGAAUCAAGUGAUUAUGCUCUCCGAUCGUGCGUCCUACGAUCACUCAAUGCACGGAUAUCUGCACAAAAGGACAGCUGAUAGCAACAAGUGGCAACUCAGAUGGUUCAUUCUUUAUCAAAAUCUUCUCUUCUACUAUGAAAGUGAGCAAUCGACGAGACCGUCGGGUUUGAUUUUCCUGGAAGGAUGCUACUGUGAGCGUCUUGUGUCGGCUCCUUCUGGUUUGACCGCCCAACCAGGGGGUGGUACUACAACAUCCAGCAGCCCCGGGUCCAAGACUAGCAAAGAAGAAAAGUUGCAGCACUGCUUCUCCAUCCAGUACCGGCGUGAGAAUCAACGGCAGUACGACCUGCGAGCCGCAUCAGAAUCUGAGUGCUCAGCAUGGAUUGUGGCAAUAAGGGAAGCUAGUUUCAAUAAGUUGCUGCUUCAGAAAGAGGAGCUGGAGCAGAAGCAUGUUCACUUACUUCAGGUGGUGGAGAGUGAAAAAACAGCAAAAUGGCAAUAUACUCAACAAUGUGAGGAGUUAGCAUCUGAAAUAAAAAAGCUUCGUGCUGAGAUCUGCACAUUGCGUAAAGAAUGUCGCACGUCUGUGUCAGCUACCCCAGUGGGUCGUGGUAGCUUUAGUGCAAGUUGCGAAGCACCUGAUGAACAUACUACCCUGACGGGUCUCUGUGACCAGGUACAAGACUCCGUGGAACUAAGGAAAAUAAAGAAGGUGCAAAGCUUCUUUCGGGGAUGGCUCUGUCGACGGAGAUGGAAACAAAUUGUGGAAGAGUACAUUAAAUCACCCCAUGCGGAGAGUAUGAGGAAGAGAAACAGCCUAGUUUUUUCCAUGGUUGAAGCUGAAGAGGAGUAUAUGGAGCAACUGGAGGUUCUUGUUUCUUGCUUCCUGCGUCCUUUUAAGAUGGCAGCUAGUUCCAAGAGACCACCAUGCUCACAUGAAGAUGUCAACUCAAUUUUUCUCAAUUCGGAGACUGUUUUGUUUCUGCAUCAGAUCUUUCUCAAAGGACUCACAUCUCGGCUUGAAUCUUGGCCAACACUUGUUCUCGGUGAUCUCUUUGACAUGCUCUUGCCGAUGUUGAGCAUCUACCAGGAGUACGUAAGAAACCAUCAUUAUUCACUGCAGGUGCUGACAGAGUGCAAAAGCAAUCCAGCCUUUGCUACCGUCCUCAAGCGUUUGGAAGCCAAAUCUGUAUGCCAAGGCAGGAGUCUUGAAACAUUUCUCACAUAUCCCAUGCAUCAGAUUCCUCGAUACAUAAUCACCCUGCACGAAUUGUUGGCCCAUACCCCUCAUGACCAUGUGGAGCGGAAGAGUCUCCAAAAUGCGCGCCAACAACUCGAAGACCUGUCGCGGCAAAUGCACGAUGAAGUGUCUGAGACGGAAAACCUGCGCAAGAAUCUCGCCGUGGAGCGAAUGAUUGUGGAGGGUUGUGAUAUUCUCUUGGAUGUGAACCAGGUUUUUGUGCGACAGGGCAGCUUAGUUCAAGUACCUCCGGGACGAGGAAGGAUUCGGUCACGACUAGCGUCGUUCAAAAGUGAACGUGAAGCGGUAAGGCAGUGUUUCCUGUUCUCCAAUCACAUGAUUAUUGCAACUAGGACAUCCGGUGGGCGACUUCAUCUGCUCCAGGAUGUGGGAAAAAUUCCUCUGGCAGAUGCUACCCUCGUCGAGGAUCCCAGUGAUUCUGAACGCGAGGAUGAAGGCGAUACAUCCGUAUGUUCAGCCUCCAAUCAGGGUAGCUGCCUGAGUGUCAAUGAUUCCGUAAAUGCAUCCCAUCGUGAUUUUAAGUUGAUUGUGGAGAAUAAAACUGGCCUGCGUCACUGCAUACAUCUUGUGGCGCCAACUGUUCAGGACAAAGAGGCAUGGAUCAGUGACAUCUCGCAGUGUCUUGACAACAUCCAUAUGCACUCAAUGCUGUCACCAGGUCUCGGCGGAUCCAUUGGAGGAUCCCUAGCUGCCCAUCAUGCCCUACGUGCAGAUCCUCGCCUCUUCAAGGACGACGUCGAUAUUCGAUUUUCUCGUACCCUAAAUUCUUGUAAGCUGCCCCAAGUGCGAUAUGCGACACCUGAGAGACUUCUCCAGCGUCUUACGGAUCUCAGAUUCCUCUCAAUUGAUUUCCUCAAUACAUUCCUCCUGACCUAUCGGGUUUUUACGGAUGGAGAGACGGUGCUCAAUGCCCUCAAGAAGGUUUUCUAUGAUCCACCAACUGAUCCACAGUGUGACUGUGAACCUCAAACAGACUUCCUGGAUAUUCCCAGCGCCUAUGAUGGAAGGGUUUCUCCUCGUAGAACUUCAGGUGCAUCCUCAGUAUCUGGAUAUUGCUCAGAAGGAGCAGACAGAGAUCGCUCGAUGAGUGGAGAUUCUGCGGGAUUGCGACUCAAGGGUUCACGGAGAAUGCUUCAGCAGCAAUCCACACAGGAAGAAGGUUUAUCCUGGAUCCCAGAAGCUAGUGGUCCAGUGAUUGUUCAGGAACAGGAAGUUGAAGAAGCCACAACAGUAGAAGUAGAACCACAACCACAACCUGCAGAAGAAAGUGUUAAUGUUACAAAUGCCCAAGAUGACUCUUUUCUGGCCAUUCCUCAGACCAUUGCCACAUCCAGUAGUGCUGACACUCUCACUGAAACCACCACGCUCAGUGGUCCAGGAUCUCCUUCGAAUCUCAGCUCUGUGACCUUGGUGGGAUCUACAGGAUCUGGUGGGCAGGAAAAAACCGAUAUAACUCCCACUGAGGGUAAUGUGCAAUUUAAGUAUGGCAAAGCACCGACUAGUCCUCUGCCCGAGAGAGUCAAUAAGCGUAAAUUGAGUCAGCAGAAGGAACGUGAAGCCAGCACAACAGCACCUGAUAUAAUACCCAUUAUUUCUCCACCCACCGUCACAACGACCCCUUGCAUCACCACCCAGGCCUCCCAUGAGGAGAUACCAAGGAGCAAGGGUAGCUUUUCGAGUGCAGCAGGAAGCAGUGGUGGCUUGAAGGUGAAUUUACUAAUGGAUCGAAGACCAAGUGCUGGGGCCAAUGUGAUUCCUCAAGCAGCCUUGUGUCAACAUCGCUACAGUCUGCAACUUAAUGGAGAUGGUGGAAUUUACAGAGGUGAACGUUCGAGCCCACGGAUGAUACAUCGGGUGCCCAAGACACCUGAGAAACAGAAGAAGAGCUUUUUCGGGACACCUCAGCGCGAACCACCAAGGCGUUUUUCCGAGAGUGAUGAUGAUGCUUCAGCAUCUCUGUAUACGACACCAAGAGGAUCCUUGGGUGGAGCUUCUUUGGGCACUAUAUCCUCGAGAGCGUCUAUGCAACAUGAGCCAGUGGUCCAUUGUUCCAGCAAGGCGGGCGUUGUCAUCACAUCAUAUCGUCCAUCGAAACGCAGUAUGGGACCUGAUCCUCUUUGGAGUAGCACAUCUACGGCAGCGGCAGCUUUUGCCAUCGCUAUUUCGGGCUCCAGCAAUCCCCGGGAUGAGCCCCCUGAAGUUGAGGCCCGAAAUCGCAAAGAGUCCGUUGUGAGUUCUCCUGCAACAAUGAGGGUUUUGAAUGUCCUAAGGCAUUGGGUGUCCAAGCACUUCCAAGACUUCGAACAGGACGCCGCUCUGCGCUCGCAAACAAUUGCUUUUCUAGACGACAUCACUUGUAGUCCAAAUCUAUUGCCAACCGAGCACAGAGCGGCGUCCCAAUUGCUGAGACUUCUCUGUCGGGAAGAUAUUGACUGUGGACGUAAGCACCUGGUCUCGCUUCUAACACCCCCGCUAUCACCAAGCAAGGAGAGCAUUGAAACUCUCUCUGCUCUUGAGAUUGCUGAACAAAUGACAUACCUGGACCACCAAAUAUUUUUGGCCAUCAGGAGCGAAGAAUUUCUUGGUCAGGCAUGGAUGAAAGCUGAUAAAAAAUCACGAGCUGAACACAUAAUUCAAAUGACAAAAAGGUUCAACGAUGGCUCUCGUUUAGUAUCAUCGGAAAUCAUAUCUAGAAGUAGCAUGGCAGCUCGAGUGGCAGCAAUUGAAAAGUGGACUGCUGUUGCUGAUAUCUGUCGUUGUCUGCACAAUUUCAAUGGUGUUCUGCAAAUCUGUGCAGCUUUUACCAAUGCAGCGGUCUUUCGCCUCAAGAAGACAUGGGACAAAGUGCCAAAGACUAUAAAGCAGACAAAUAUAAAACUUCAAGCCGUUGUAUGCUCAGAUGGACGAUUUCGUGCUAUGAGAGAGGUACUUCAUCGAUGUGAUCCACCAUGUAUACCGUAUCUCGGCAUGUAUCUCACAGAUUUGUCUUUCAUCGAAGAGGGUACACCGGACUUUACACCCGACGGACUUCUCAAUUUCUCCAAAAUGCGAAUGAUUGCUCAUGUCAUUCGAGAGAUCCGUCAUUUUCAGCAAACACCCUAUAAAAUCGAUCACAUUCCUAAAGUUACCAACUAUCUCCUGGACACUUCACUGUUGCUGGACGACGAUGAACUGUACUCACGGUCCCUUCAAAUUGAGCCCCGUAGUUCGCGCCUGAGUGCGCCAAAUACGGCGAAUGUCUAGCUAUAGGCCACCUUUCGUGUCUGUCAUUUCGCUAGGCGAUUUGACAGGCACUCCAGAUCACUGGACAAUCCUUUCUUAUGAACACAUCGGCUGGACAAGCACUGAGCUUUCUGUACAUAGCUACAUAUGGAGGAUGGCAUUGGGCUAAGUCGAAAUGAAAAUUCUUUUGUUACAUUCUCUUGCCUUUUAUUUAUUGCAUUUUGGAAUUUUGAAGCGUCUGUGAAGCGUCUCAAUUGCGUCAUUAUUCUAAAAAAAAAUGAAAGAUACUCAAAGAUAUUUUUGAUGAAAUACAAAAGUGAGAAUUAAAAGUAAUAUCAUUCUGAAAAUUUUCCAACAGUAUUAUUAGGUGGGAAAUUAUCCUUGCAAUUUGAAAUUGAAAAUUUAUUUGAGGCACGGUGAAAGAAAGAAAAAUAAUAGAAAUGUAUUUUCCCACUUGAAGUAAGAGAUGUUGCCAUAUAGUUUAUUUAAAGGGACUAUUUGAUUUAGCGAUUAUCGUGUGAUAUGAAAAAGAUUUGCAACUCAGUUAAAAAGGAAAUAAUAAAAAAAAAGAUCAAUCGUAUUUGUCUUUUUCCGUAUCAAAAGAUAAACGCUAAGUUGAAUGGUUUCCUAAAUAUUAUAUAAAGAGAAAAUAUACUUAGUUCUUUAAAAUUGAAAUGUGCUGGUUCACACUUUCACUUAACGAUAAAAAGUAUUUUAAUUAAUAAAUAGAGAGUUAUGAAAGAGAAAAUAAUAUUUGCUGUUAUAUGAAAAUCUUAUAUUGAUAAAAUAGCAACUCCGUAAUAUUUAAACAUAUCAUGGUAGUUAUACAAAUUUCUUAAGACUUUUUCUCUCUCAAUUUUAAUCAUCACAAUUUUCAGUAAAAUUCACCCCCACUUUUGUUUGAACACCUCGAGAACUUACGCAGAACGAUAAAAGUUUUCUAAGGUUUUUAUUUCUUUUUGUCAUUUUCUCUGACUUUUUCACUGCAAUUCUAACAAAGCGCAAAAAAUUUCAUCAGCGUAAAUUGCUGACUUUUAACUUAAUUGUGAAAUUUCCAGUAAUGUUUGCAAUUUUAAGGAAAAGUUAAAUUUAUUGCACAAAUAAAUUGCACUGUACUUGGCUGAACAAAAUACUAAGCAAAAAGAAAACUUUGCAGUGAUAAUUGUGGAAUUAUUUGAGAAGUUUUUUGGAAAAAUGUGUCUCUUAAUGAUUUACAUGAGUCACGCAAUUGAAGAAAGUGUCAAAGUCCUCGUAACGGUUUCAAGAUAACUGAAUGGAAUUUGUAAAAAAAAUAUAAUGUAUAAUGUAUAAAUCUUGGAGAAAGGAUAUUGAAAUAUUUUUCUUAAAUUACUUAUUUUUAAUCCUUUGAAAAUGACUAAGAAAAAAAAGCACCAGGGAAUGAAGGUUUUCAUCUUUGUCGCACAUUACAUAAAAAUGCCUUUAAAACUAUUACAAAUCUUCCUUCUAGAACACUAUCUUAUGACCUUCUCAGGCUUACUGAUGGACGAUUGUCUCAAAUUUGAGCAAAAUCGUAAAAUAUUUUGGAAAAUUUUAAACUGAAAUAUUUUGUUUUAUUCUUCUAUUAAUCGAUAAAAAAUAUAAACACACAAUUUCAAAUCAUUCCAAUUGUUACAUCUCUUUAGAAGCACGAAAAGAUCCAAUAUCGUACAGUCAAUGGUUAAUUAAACUUAUGAGAAAAAAAGGAAUAAUAAUUUAGAAAAUAAACGAAUAGUGCAGAUGAAUGUGUAAGUAAAAUCCCUAUUGGUCAAUUUGUAAUUAAAUAAGUGUGUAAAUAGAGCAUAAAUCAUGUUGAUAUAUUAUGAAAUUAUGAGAAUAUAGUGAAAAAUUAUAUAUAGUGAAAUUAAUGUUCUCACUACCACACAGAUAUUGCAAAUUCACAUACACACAGGUUGAAAGUCCGUAUUUUAUGAAGGAUAAAAACAAUUGCUUUCCAAAGUAGAAUAAUUAAUUAUAUUUAAAUUGAAAUUGAAGUUCUCGAGUUUUCAGCAUAAAUUACACUUUAUAAUUUAAUUCAACAUUUAAAUAUGACUUUUUUAAUGGGGAGUGAAUUUUUGAGUAAAUUAAAUUUUAUUGAAUGUUUCGUUUCAAUAUGAAAUUGCUGGGAAUAAUAUUUAAAAUUUUAUCAUUUAAUAUUAUAUCAAUAUAUUUUAAUUUUCUCUUAUCUCAAUUAUAGUUUUGCAAGUUAAUGAAAUUAUAUUACUAUUACAAGUUUUGAUUCCACGUACUAUUUUACGUGGAAUUAUGAAAAGAUUUUACUACAAAAAAAAAGAUAAAUAUAUAAUAAUAAAUUCUAAGAACUCUGUUAUUUGUUGAAAAGGAAUAUUGUUGUAUAUGAGUGAGAAAUUAACCAAAAACUCCACACUUGACAAUCUCUUUGAUGCAGGAUUCUAAUAGGACCUUUUAGAUGGAUUAAGAAUUAUAUUGUUGUAUAAUAUAAAUUAUGAAAAGUGAUGACUUUGUUACACACAGUGAAACAUAUUUAAAAAAAAAGAAGCCAACAAGGAAUAACGCUUGAAAUAUCCUUCCAAAUUUCAAUUUGCUAAAGUGGGCUUGCUUAGAGCCCCUGAUGCGACUGCUUGAUAAAAGUAGAUAUUAAAAUAACAAACUCUUCAAUUAUAUCACAAGAAACAUCAAAAAAGAGAUUGCACUGGACGGCAAAGGAUAUUUUAAAAAUACUAGCACUUUCCCCCCAGGAAUAAUAAAAUUCAUAAUCACAGUCUAUUAAAAGUUUCAGCCUUAAGCAUUAUCCACACGUAAUUAAAUAUUGAGAUCUCAUAUAAAUUUCAGUCUCUUCGGAUACUCUAAAAUGGCUAAAAACUCUAUAACUUUCAAAUACUAGCCACUUAGAAAAUACGAUGGGACUAAAAUAUUUUAUGUCAUUCAGCAUUUAUGUACAUGUGGAUUUUGCUUCAAUAGGUGAAUAAAUAAAAUAAUUGAUAUAGUUGAAUGAAAUCUCAAUUUGAAUUUAACUAAAAAUUUCAAAAACAAUUAAAAAGAGUAAGAUUAAGAAUAAAAAAUUCAUUGAGAAUUUUUCAAACAAUUUCUGUUUAUUGUGAAAUUCCUGAAGAAAGCAAAAGCCCUUUAAGAAAUUAUUUGGUGGUUAAAAUUAAAUUGAUAAAUUCCUUGUGACAAUGGAGAAGAUGUACUUACUGAAAAACGAUACAAAGAUGUAUGUAGAAAAUGAAUAAAAUGAUGAAAUUGUAAUCUUAUUGUUUUAUAUGCAGGAAAAUGGUAAAGUAUACAAA